UUCGACAUAAAAAUAAUAUAAAAUAUCUAUAAUUUGUUUUGUCAAAUUGUCAAAAACAUUUGAUACAUGCAUUGGAAAUGUGCCAAUGACAUUCACACACACGCACAAACGUGACAAUAAUAAUGAUGGAUUGAAUUUAUAUAGGCCUAGCGCUUUUCUAGACACUCAAAGACAGUGAAGGGGAACGUAGUUCAUUGUUCACGCAUCAGACGUUUUGUAGGGCAAUUGAAAUGGCAUAACUAAUGGGCAAGGACCAAAUGUUUUUGGCGCAACGUCUCUGGCCAUUACGGCAAACAGUAAAUCCUGCUACUCGUGCAUGUCCGCGUCUACGCGCGCGCGCUUUAAACAAUAGGCGUGCAACUGCACAGAUCUCCAUCUAAAAGCGAGACGGAUACACCCAUGAGCACCAUCCGUGAUCGAAUCAAGUGUAAAUUGUAGAUCUAGACCCCCUCAAGAGAAUCAGUGUUUGGACUAUCCAAGCCCCUCCCAUCUGUUCCGCGGAGUGGCGCGGCCAAGAUAGGUUUCUGCCGGUGCAGUUGAGACGAGAUAGACGCUGUUUGAAAGUUGUCAAUGAGAAGAAAAGUUUGAAGGCAAGACUACUAAGAAGGACUAGGAAUGGGUUGUGCCCCUAGCAAGAAGAAAAGCCGAAGCAAGAAGAGCCAUAAGGAGGGAAAGAAAUACAACGAUGGAGUUAGUGGUAAGGUCGCGUCGGACAACGCGGACGACGUGUGUGUCCAGAAGCAGCUGGAGCGCUUCGAGUGGCAGCUGAGGAUUCUGAAGCAAGUGCUCUCAGCCAAUGGGGCGCAGGAGAGGGCGGAGCUCCUCAAAGACCACUCCCACGAUGAGCUGUUCGCGAUCAUCCAGAACUUCACGGAAAAGGUCUGCACAGAAACCACCGCCGACCUGAGCGCUGUCCACGAUCAGAGGAGCAAGCGGCGGACGGAGGAGCACGAGAGGGCGGUGGAAGAGCUGCAGAGGCAGCAGCAGCAGGAGCAGAACGACCUCACAGAGAGCUUCCAGGCAGCAGAGACCCUCCUGAAGGGCCAGGUGGAGACGCUGACGGCAGACCUCCAGGUGUACAACCAGCUGAAGAAGAGGGUCCAGGCGUCCACCUUUAAGAAGGACCUACUGCGCAAUAUACAGGCCCAUGGCAGCCCAGGGGCAUUCUGGGAGUCGGAGCAGGAGUCCCUCCUCUUUGUCAUCGAGAUGAAGAGUGAGCGUGUAGAGGAGCAGUGCAAGAAGCUUUACCAGCUGCAGACUUUGGCAGAGAAGAACCUGUCGCUGGAGGAGCAGAUCAUCCACGCCCUGCAGCAGAACGAGGAUCUGCGCGUCCGAAUGGACAACUACCAGAGCCUCAUCCAGCAACUGUCGAAGGAGCAGAAUGAGCUGAAGGGGGCGCUGGAGAGGCAGACGGGGGUCAACCAAAAGCUGUCUCAGGAGAAGGAACAGCUGGUGUUCCGGCUGCGCCACCGAGACACCUGUCCCAGCAUGCACCUGCCCGUCAUGCUGGCCGAGGUGGCGCCCUGAACGUGAACGGGAAGCCCCUCCUGGAAAUGAGGCCGGGGAAACACCGCCCCCUGGAGUCCCAGCCAUACUCCGGAGACAAAACUUCUGCAGAACCUUCUGGAACCUACCGACCGUCUCCAGCCAUGGUGCCGCUCCCUUCUUCCCCCCCCCCACCCACAACCCCCCUGGGUACCAUGUCUCCAGGGGCGCCGGUGUACGGAAACCUUUACUGCUACAGUCCCUUCUUCCUUAGACACUCCCUGAGUCGACACAGAUAGUGUUUGGAGGACUUCCGGGGAGCGAUCGGCGAACCGUUUCACAACCGUGGUUGAGCCACAGUCCACUAGGAGUACGCUGGGGGUCUACUGAGGCCUUUUAACUCUCUGGAAUUUCUCAGUGGAUUGAAAACACAGUGGACGGUUAUUUUAAUGUCCGAUGUUUAUGGCCUCAUAUCACUGUCAAAAAUCGCAAAAAUGACUUUGAGUCUUCCGUUCUUUGGCAGUGUUAUGCUGUCACAGACGUCGUUGAAGGACCGGUUCGAGCGGCCUUCUGUUUCCCGGCAGUCCUUCUACGUUACGCCACACAAGGCCUUUGUUUAUACUGCUGCAGUCCGUGCUCUUCCAAUCCACGCUCUCAUGGAGAAGUACUCAAUGCAACGCUGUCUUGACAGAUGGAGAGUUCAACGGUGGUCUUUCUAGGGUUACUAGGUCAAAUUUUCAGCCUUUUAAGUAUUCCAAACUUGGCCUGGUAAACGGUGCCUUGAUACAUGAGGGGGUACGCCGUUGUUGGGGGGGAUUACAGGCCUGUUGUGGUUCAGCGCGCGCGAUCUGUGAACACGGGACAACCUAACAGGGACAGAUGUGGCCCGACCGAUUCAAACCAGAGACCACCGGGAGUUCCAAGUCGUUGAGCAACAGGAUGAUGCCAAAUGUGUUUUGUUGAGCCUAUUUUUGUAAGGUUUAAUCCUAUGGUGUUUUAUUUUGUCCGUUAUUGUGUCUGUUAAGAAGGACAUAACAAUUGACCUGCGUGUGCCCAUGUUCUGCAUACUCAGUCGCAUAGUCAGGUGUUUUGCAACUGCAUUACUUUGUGUCAAGUGAAAAUGUUUUACAAAAGAGAGAAGCUGUGAAUGUAAACCGUUUCCUAUUGUACCAUUUCAGAUCAGGACAGUUAUUUUUUUCUUUUUGUGACAUAAAUACUUUAUUAAUCCAGAAGGAAAUUGUGGUUGCAAACAAGCCCACGUCUGCCUGUGUUUUAGCAUUUACUCUCCUCAUGCACUAGCACUUUUACCAGUAUUUCAGUCACGUCAUGUGCAAAAGAGAUUUCUACUUGUUGUAACAUUUUGAAAUGUCCUUGUCUCUGAAAAUACAAAACAAAAUAAAACUUUUAAUUUGAUUUUGACAUCGCAUUUGCCACAGUUGCAUGUGUGUGUUUUCAACUGCCAUAUAGAACAGGUUCAGCAAGAAGAUGCCUAUUUUUAGGAAUGAACGACCAUUGUUGAAGACAGUGUAAAUACAUCCAACAGAAACGGACAGGAACCCACCACUGCUUCAGUUGUAACAAAUUAGUUUUGCAGUAUUUUUUUUUCUUCUGAUCAUUUUAAAAGUUAGGUUGAAAUUUGCUACAUUUUCUCCAUCUAUGGUUAAAGCAAAUCAUUGAUAGGUGAAUGGACAGAAAGGCUCACAUUUACAUAUAAUGUUUGAGUGCAAUGUUUGAGAUUGUAAGUAUAUUUGAUAUGUAGUCAGGGUAAGUAUCUGGGGAGAAAGCGUCGCUAGUUUAGCCUCUUUUUAGAGUUGAACACGGGUUUAAACUCGUCGGUGACGCAAGAAGUCACGUGACGUCUUAAACUCCAUUGCUGUGUCAUAUGUACUUGUGGUUUAACCUGCAGCUGCGUUUUACCUUGAUCUCAAUUGCUGUGUCUUCAGAGAAAUUCACAUCAGACACUAGAGGGCGUAUUUUGUGCGUGUUAGUCUAAUCUCGCAAGUUACUGACGUGGUUUUAGAGGAGACUAAACCAGUUUGCAGGAUGAAACAAGGCUCCAUCAUAACCAACACACACACAUAAUUAGUUUUAUGAAUAAUAGGUAUGAUACAUUUACACUUAUUACACCAGGUAGGCCUUCAGUCCAAUACAGGCUACAAUAUAGGAGUUGCUUAAAGUGCCCAACUAAAACUCUACAAAGAACAGAUUAUUUGUAUGUAAAAAAAAAAAAUGAACGCACAGAGGAUCGUACCAUUCAACGAAGCAUAAAAAGGUCAAUGCUUAACUAAAAUGGUCCUAACUCUCCUUCUCCGAGAAUUGAAAGGCGUGACAUUAUCCUAAUUACUCACAUAGGCAUAUUAGGUAACUAAUUAAGUAAUCACGUUUGCAUACACACACCAAGAGAAAACAAUGACAAGUAAUUGAUUGACGUAGGUGAGGGCAGAUUCCAGACUCAGAUUUCCAAAAAAAGUAGCCUAGACUAUUUCAUAAUAAAUGUCAACAUUAUUAGCGUUUUUAUUAUAUUAAAGUGCAUUUUACAUUCCCAUUAAGUUUUUGUUGGUAAUUAUAGCACAAAAUGCAUCCACCAUGAAGUUAAGACUGCAUCUGCUCUGGGGUAUACCAGAAAUCAGAGUACUUCCGGUUUCCAAGCAGUUUAAACCGAGUCAGCUAGGAAUCAACUGAUCCUGUACGAGUCGUUACACAGCAAUGACGUUCAACCUCGUGCGCAGCUGCGUGUUAAACUCCGAAACCUCAGUUUUAAGGAAUACGGUUUUAAAGCGCAGCACAACUAGCGCAAUGCUAACUGACAGAGCAAUCGGCCCAAGG